AUGUUAACGAAGUGCAGAUGGCUACUUCUGGCGGCCUUGGCCGCCUCAGCCAUUGCAAUCACCACCAGAUCGGAUAGCAGCAGCGGUGGAAACCCAAUCCGAAAGGUGAUCCGGAUGAUGCAGAAGAUGGGUGACAAGAUAGAGAACGAUGGCAAAAAGGAGGCAGAUCUUUAUGAGAAGUUCGAGUGCUAUUGCAAAGGAACCAUAGCAGAGCUUCAGAAGAGCAUCCAGCAGGCAGAGAGCAAUCCGCUUUCUCAAGCCGACAUCGACGAAAAGAAAGCCGAAGUUGAAUCGCUCCAGCAGGAGGUCACCAAGCUGAAAGAGGACCGCCUGGCUGAGGAGGAAAGCUUGAAGGCCGCGCAGGCCCAGCGCACCAAGGAGCAUGACAACUUCGUGGCUGAGGUCACUGAGGAAACCCAGGUGGUCUCGACCAUCGACCAGGCUUCUGCAGCCGUCGGUGGCCCGACAGAGACUCCCACUUCGUUCAUGCAGAUCACUGACACCAAGGAGCAGGUUCCUCGGCUUCUGCGCUUGCUCGAAGGCGACCUCCGCCUGGACAGCGCCGACAAGCGCCGAGCCGCCGCUUUCCUCCAAGGCGAUCGGAGCGCAGCCGACCCUGGCAUGGUGGUCGGCAUGCUGGCAGGCAUCAAAGAUGAGACCCUUGAGGAGAUUCAGACUGAGAACAAAACCGAGGAGGAGGCCGUGGAGACGUUUACAGGGGUCAAGAAGUCCAAGAAGGUUGAAAUCUCCACUCUCCUCAACCAGUUCGAGCGCAAGAUGAAGAGGAUUGGUGAGCUGAAGGUCGAGGUGGUGAACCUCGAACGCCAGCUGGCAGAGCAGAGCGGCUCUCUUGAGGAUGAUAAGCAGAUGCUCGCGGAAGUCCAGAAGAGUUGCGCAAAGAAGGCAGAGGACUGGGAGAAGCGCCAGGCUGCACGACAGGAAGAGCAGCUUGCUCUGCAGGAGACCGUCAAAAUAUUGAACUCGGAUGAGUCGCUGGAUCUCUUUCGAAAGCGCAGCACUUCUUUGAUUCAGCUCUCCAGUGGCCGGGAGAAGGCUCGUCGCGAGGCUUUGAGCCUCCUCCGCGAAGCGUCGGCGAAGUCCGAGAACCCGGAGCUAAACUUUCUGGCGUUGGCUCUCUCGGGCCGGAAGGCAGACUUCACCAAGAUUCUCAAAAAGAUUGACGGCAUGGUAUCCCUGCUGGAUAAGGAGAAGGAAGACGACAAGACCAAGAAGAGCUACUGCGGCGAGGAGUUCCGCACCACAGAGGACAAGUCCAAGUCCCUAGACUCCAAGAUCAAGUCGCUGAAAGCCGGCCUGGCGGAAAAGAAACAGGCGAUUGCAAAGCUCAGCGAGGACAUCAAGGCGUUGCAAAGCGGCGUCACGGCCUUGGACGAGUCCGUCGCCAAAGCGAGUGAAAAUCGGAAAGCCGAGCACGAAGAGUUCCAGGAGAGCAUGUCCUCGAAUUCGGCAACGAUCGAUCUGCUGAGUCUGGCGCGCGACCGUCUCAACAAGGUGUACAACCCAACAAUGGUGGCAGAAACCACCACGAAGAGUCCCUACGACCUGUCGUUGCUUCAGAUGUCGUCCAAAAUCGCGCAAGCUCCUCCCACCUUCGAGGGUGGCUACCAGAGAAACAGUGAGGGAAGCAACGGUGUUCUGAAAAUGAUUGAUACGUUGGCAUCCGACGUCGAGAAAGAAAUGGCAGUUGCCAAGACUGAAGAGGCAGAUGCCCAGGAAGACUAUGAAAAGACAGUGGAGGACGCCGCCAAGAAGCGAGAGGCAGACCUAGCAUUGGCCACACGGAAGGCUGCAGAAAAGUCGGAGGUUGAGAGUGACGUCAGUGACGACAAGCCGCCUAGCGCCACUACAGCCCUACUU